AUGGCGGAGAAGGCCACGCGGAGUGUGUUGUACUUCCCGCUGUGCUGGGCCUUGCCCAUGUUGCUGUUCCUUUAUUGGGGCUACAACUCCCUUGUUAACGGCGCGAUUUGGGAAGGCGUCACCGAUGGAGAGGCCAAAAAUGUGAAACACCUAACCCACGAGGUGGAGUUACAAAUAUAUAGUCAGCACACACUUAACUGCAUAGCUCUCUUUUGCAACAAUAAGGAAGUGGCAUGCAAAGAUGUCUACAAAGAAUUCGUGAAGGCAGCAGAUGAGAUAGCCAGUGACGAUAUAGUAUUCGUUUAUGUUGACUCAAUUACCCUCAAAAAAACGGCAGACAAUUUCGACAUCAAAAAAGUUCCAAAAAUUUUGACUUUUAAAGAUUUCGAUCCAGAAAAAGGAUACACCUUUGGGAAAAAAUAUACAAAGGAAAAUAUCGUGGAGUGGUUUAAACUUCUUCCUACCCCAUCUAUAGAAGUGAUGGAGAAAGAUCAUGUUGAGAAAUAUGUCGAGAUGCAAAAGAAGAAAGGGUAUGCUAGUAUUAUUGCUUUUUGUGUAAAAAAUUCUGACCAUGUUCAUAAGUUUUUCCAUUUUGGGGAAACACACUCACUGCCUAACUUAGCCGUGGGGAUGGUCUACACCGAUCUGCAGUCUGACGUAAGAAUUGAAAUAUCCAACGGGCCAGGGGCUACCAUUCCGGAAGCGAACACAAAAUAUAGUGAUCUGUACAAACCGAAAAAUAACGUAUGGGUCUCUAGUGACAUCCUUACAUUCGCCAGUGAGUACAUGGCGCAGUUUCCCGUGAUUAUCAAUUAUAAGAGGAGCUUAUACAAAGCGCAGAAGGGCGAAAUUUAUGUCUACCUAUACCCCCACUUUGGGCACUACUCGGACGCGCUGUACGUGGAGUUGGCCCCCGUCAUACGGGCGCACCACCCGCAGCUCCGAUUCGUCUUCCCCAAGAGCGACGAAGUGGCCGAUUUGCUGGGCACCGAGAAGGGCGGCAAUUUCAUCCUCGUGGUGGACUACAGAGACGCCACGGUGGACGUCCUGUUCGGCCUAUUAAGGCCCAAGAAAUACAUCAAGCAUCUGGAGAGCGACAAAAUAGACGCGGAACAACUUACCCAAGCUAUCACCCAAUUUUAUCAAAACGAACUUCCUCAAAUUAAGAAGUCACAAAAGGAAGUAAAAAGAAGAGAGCAACAGAACUAUCAAAUUGUUUGUGCCAAUAAUUUCGAUUCCCUCGUCUUAGACCCAGAAAAGAUUGUUUUACUUUUUUAUCAUGUCGAGGGAUGCAAAGAAUGCAAGCCCCUUUUCUCUUUCUGGUCCCAUGUCUCCAAUUUCUUCCACCUGGAAAAUAAAUAUAAAAAGGUCUUAGUGGCCACCAUGGAUGCUAAGUUAAACGACAUGACUGAUGAGUCCGUUGACUUUUACCCCAGCGUGGCGAUUUACCCCACGGGCUCAAACAAACUGAAAAGGAAAAGAUUUCUGCUCUUCCCCCUCAAGUUGGACACGCUGAUCGACAUGGUGGACGAUCUGUUGGAAGUGGAGGAGGACCUGUGA